AUGAAGUAUCAUUUCCAUUCCGACGCUAGGUACAGGCGGAUUUAUAACACCGUCCCGCCGGACAAUAACUCGGAAAAUGACUCCUCUCUUGACUCUUCCUUCCGGCCACGUCAGAACGGCCACCACCGUGAUGAAGAUCUAUACGUUUGGCCCUACUUUCUCAGCCUCUUGUUUACCAUUCUGGCAAUCGUUAUACUCUACAGUCCCGUCUACAACCCCCCUGAAGAGCCGUACAAUCCCUCUUCAGAAACGGCGAUCACGUCGACGACGACUACAGUAAUAGCGCCUUCCCUUACAGGAAAGGCAACUGCGACAACAUCGACCUCCAGCACAACAUCGAUACGCGACUCGCUACAGCCAGCAUCGCCUAAUGACAGAUCACCGGAGGCAACACCGCAGAAAGAAGCAUCGACGAUACAAAAGCCCCCGACGUCACCAGUACUAGAAGGCGAAACCCAGCCUUUCGUCUUACAUGACGACAUAGCCUGGAUCAGCUACCUCCCCUCGCUGUGUCACCACCCCCAGCACUCGGCCAGCCUGCCAGACGAACUGAGCAGGAUCCCCGGCCGCGAGCUCGGACUCUUCGGCGUCGCGCACCUAGCCCCGGACCCGAAAGCGGACGAGAGCAAUCCGGAGUGCUCUAAGAUGGUCGCACGAGCCGCCAGCAGGCAACGGGCUUUGUUUGUCCCCAAGGCGAAGUCUUCCUGGGCAUCGCCGUUUGAUUGGAUGUCGAAAGGCUCUUGGGAGGUGCGGAUGUCCAACACGCAGAUGGAGAUUGUCAGGAAGAUCAUUGACGCGGCUGAGGAGAGGGCUAAGUUGUUGUGUAUGACGGAGAAGGAAAUGAAGAAGUGGAGGGAGGAGGAGGCUUUGAAGUCGCGGAGGGAGGAGGAGGCUUUGAAGUCGCGGAGGGAGGAGGGCAUAUUGAAGCGGUUGUUCUCUUGGUAA